CCUGGAAAGACCAAAACCCUCGACCCUAAAGCUGUGUUUCAGAGAACCAAGGUAACACACACCAUGACACACACACACCAUGACCCUCGACCCUAAAGCUGUGUUUCAGAGAACCAAGGAACACUGUCUAAUGGGUAUUAAAGGAACAGUCCGGCGGUCUACAGAUGGGGAUUUCAUCCACGCCAACGUGGAUAUUGACCUGAUUAUUACCGAGGAGCCUGAGAUCGGGAACGUGGAGAAACCGGUGGAGAUAUUUCAUAUCAUAGAACACUUCUGUCUGGGGAGACGAAGGCUCCACCUGUUUGGACGAGACUCUACCAUCAGACCAGGGUGGUUGACAGUAGGUCCUACUCUGACCAACAGUAACUUCAACUCAGAGUCUUACUCCUCCCACUUCUCAAUCACACAGUCUCACCUCUCAGGCUGUACGGAGGAGAUAGAACGUCUGCGACCCAAGUCACCUCCCUCCAAGCUGAAGUCAGACCGUGGAGGGGGUCAUCCCGUGGGGGUGGGGGGUCCUAACGCCGGCCGUGGGGGGACAGGGGCCGGGAGAGGAACAGGUCCUUUAGGGGGGACAGGGGAGGGUUCAGAGGGCGGGAACCACACCGCGGGUUCCCACCUCGCUAGGGACGGGCAGACAGAUUAUACUGAGAGAUGGUCGGACACUCGUAUUCUGUACCCUCGUCCAGAAUUCACCAGCAUCAACACAACGAACACCCCCACUACAAAUAAAGACAAAUACUACAUGACACCACAAGACUUCGACAGAGACAUGGACGGGCUGUCUGGCAUACAGGUGGGUGUGAAUGGAGAGUGA